AUGAACCUUAUUGGACAGAGCACAACCAUUGCCAAAGACGUCAAGCCCAGCGGACAAAGCCAGUGGAAACAAAAAGGACAGAACGCCUUUGCGAAUUUCGUGGGCCAAACUAUCGAGGCCAGGGGCAAUGUGACUUCAAAGUCCUUGCAGAAUUUGUUCGACGGCGAUGAUGAUUCCAUCGAACUUCUUUGGGACACAAUAUCCAACGGAAAGCUUAUCGGGGGUAAAUCCACGCAAAACGAAGACGACAAGCAGAGGGAACUUCUCGAACCCGAGCUGAGAGCCAGCAUUACCAAAUCUGUUUUCGCAUUCUCUACCCCUAAACUCUGGAGGGCCUCCCAAAGGUACAGCUUUGUGAUGGACUCCGAUUACGAUUGUGACGAACGCAGGGCCCUUGACGAUUACCUCGAUGAUGACACUAUGGAGGCAACAGGCGCCUGCAUCGAUGGGAAACAGUAUUAUCUGGUCUACCCAGAUGGACCUGCUACCUCACAGACAUGUGUUUAUGAUAAGUCUAACCCCAAUUUCUGCACUGUCAAAACUGUAGACAAUAAGUUCUCUACGCCGCCAGGAAUUGGCUCACUAGGUGGACACGAUUUCGGUGGCGUUACUAUGGAAGACUUGAUCAAGGGUUCUGUCCGUACCUACAUUCGGAAUGGCAAGAAGAAUGGUGGCAACGUUGCAAGCGUGGACGACAAAGGCGUCAAAGAGGAUCUGUUUAACGGCGACAUCACGACUCCAGGCUACAUAAGCCUUCCUGUCUGUAGUCCUGGGCGUGCAUUCCAGUCCUGGGACAGUUGCGAUGGGGGCUCUAGUGACAAUUACCCUUGUGAUUCUCUACCAGGCAAGGACCAUUGCGGCGAAACGACGUUUGAGAACCAAGGCAGUGAAGCAUCUCCUAAGGUUGAAGACUGCCGCCAAAUUGUCAAGAACAUCGAGGGCAAUAGGGAUACUCAGUGGACAAUACAGACUGUCAGUUUGAAGCAGUGCGCGAUUGCCAAGUCCAAGGGUUGUUCUUUCGGCGUUGAGGCUACCAAUCUCAAUGGUAACAUUGACUUCCAAGUUGGUGGGCAGGAUGUCAUGGACGUCAUCAACGAAGCUAUCGAGAAGUUUGGCGGAAGCGGCAGAAUCGGUGCCAAGGGGGGGAUGGUAUGUAAGAGUAACAUGAUGAAGCAGAAUGUUGAGUGGGGUAUCUACUAG